AUGCAGGGUGAAUGCUGUGUUUCUGUUCCAUUUAACUUCCAGGUGUCCUACAUAGGCCAGGACUGCAGAGAAAUUCCAGAGCACCUCGGCAGGGACUGUGGACAUUUCGCCAAGAGGCUUGAUCUGAGCUUUAACCUUCUGAGGUCACUGGAAGGACUGAGCGCCUUCGGGAGCCUGGAGGAGCUCGUCUUGGACAACAAUCUGCUGGGGAACGACCUCGUGUUGCCAGGGUUACCCAGGCUCCAUACCUUAACCCUCAACAAGAACCAGAUCACUGACUUGGAGCAUCUGCUUGAUCACCUGGCAGAAGUGACACCGGCUCUGGAAUACCUCAGCCUGCUGGGUAACGUGGCGUGUCCCAACGAACUGGUCAGCUUAGAAAAGGACGAAGAAGACUAUAAGAGAUACAGAUGCUUUGUUCUUCACAAGCUGCCCAAUUUAAAGUUCUUGGAUGCCAGGAAAGUAACCAGAGAAGAACGAGAAGAAGCUUUGGUCAGAGGGGCGUUCAUGAAGGUGGUGAAGCCCAAGGUAAGCUGCCUAGGUCAUGAUCUUCUCGAGGGAUUUGUGUCUCACCUCACAGGUAGCUUUCUAGGGUUCAUGGAAAUGAUGCUCACUGACCUGUCAGGCUGA